AUGAGUGAUGCCCAAAGACGUUCCUACGAGUAUUAUCAGAGGAAACGAAUGAAGUCUCCGCUGUACAGAUUUCGAGUCUGGUGGAAUAAGAACAAGAAGAAGAAGAAGGCCGACAACGCGUCGUUGGAAGAUAUGAAUGUUCAGCUGGCUUGGUAUGCAGCUGCCAUAGUCAUUGGAGUGGUCGGUGCCACCUAUGCAUCGGUUCCGUUGUACAAAGUCUUUUGCCAAGCUACUGGAUUUGGAGGGACGACGCAACGAGUACAGGUGGGUGAACCAGCUGAGCCUCCUACAUGGUUGGAAAAACAACUCAAAUCACUGGUACAACAGCUACCCCAAGGUGUAGUGCGCAAAGCACGGGUCCACACUUGGACCGACGAAGAUGCGGCCGCAAGGCUAUCGACACUGCGACCUGUAGCCAAUGCCGAGCUCAUUACGGUUCAUUUUGAUACCACAGUUGGAGAUAUCCUGCCCUGGACGUUUGAAGCGACCCAACCCAACGUCAAAGUUGUCCCGGGAGAAACUGCCCUCAGUUUCUUCCGUGUCACCAAUCAUUCGGACAAAGCCAUUACUGGUGUUGCAACCUACAACGUGCACCCACCAAAAAUGGGACUGUACUUUCAAAAGAUCCAGUGUUUCUGCUUUGAAGAGCAAAGGAUACUCCCAGGAGAGACUGUUGACAUGCCGGUGUUCUACUUUAUUGACCCAGAAAUGUUGGAUGAUCCUCAGGUUUCCUACAUUACAGAUGUGACUUUAAGCUACACAUUCUUUCCAACUGGAGAGGAUGAUGACAUUGACGACGAUGACGACGACGAGGAAUGA